UUCCCAGCCAGCUCACGUAGGAAAAAUGGCGGCGGUGCAGGUCGCCUCCUCGCUUCCUUGUGGGCAGCCGCGAGAGGCCCGGCGGGAGCUGUCGCCCGGGCGGGACGAUGGGUUCCGCCGCUUGUCUGCCCGGCUCCGCGCGCUGCAGCCGGAUGACAGCACCGCGUCCCGCAUGGAGAUCCACCUGCUCUUGGACCAGCUCAUCUCCGAGAACUACGGCGAGGGAGGCGGCGUGGCCCCCGAGGAUGUCAGUGCUCUUCUUGUGCGGGCUUGUCAGUUGGUGCCUCUUAAUCAGAAUCACCUUGUCAGCAAAGUGUCUCAGCUGAUACAUCUUCUACUUAACAGAUUACAGGUGGUUGUGGAUGAGCAGAACUUGGAUUUCCUGUUGACCUAUACGAUCUCAGCUAUUCAGCAGUGUAGCUCUUGGACACACAUGGAAAUUCUUCAAGCCCUAGCAGCUCUGGUUUACUGCAAUGGUUCAAAAUGUCAAAAGUAUCUCCCAGACUUGCUAGGCAAGAACGGCCUCUUGAUGAAGUUAAGUGACUCAACCCACUCUGAUCCUGAAGUCCGGAGAGCUGCAGUGCACUGUAUGGCAAAUUUAUGUCUCAGUGUGCCAGGACAGCCAUACCUGGAGGAGUCCUACCAGAACGUCUGUUUCCAAGCUUUCUUGACCAUUUUACAGUCUCCAAAAUCAUCUGAUAUGGAUGAUAUAACAUUUUGCAUGUUGUUACAGAAUGCACUGAAAGGUAUACAGUCACUUCUUAACGGUGGGAAGAUGAGGAUGACACAGACUGAGCACCUGGGAGCACUCCUCGCUGUGCUAAAGAAAGCCAUGUUUCACGGACUCCCUGGAUUAAACAUAGAGAUGCCCGCGGUGCUGUACCCAACUCCGCUCCCUCAGUAUGAUGGGCGAUCGCCUGUUAGACCACAGCAACAGGAACCCAGUGCUGCUCGACCGUCUGCGAACAAAAAGAAAAAACACAAAGUAAAACCAAAGAAAACCCAGCAAGGAGAGAAAGAGGAGGAGGAGGAGGAAGAAUCCAGCGGUGAAGUGGAAGCGGCCCCAGGCCUCAGCACGGGCAGGGUAAACACGUGUGGCGAGAAUGCUUGGUGCUCCUCCCCCCGGGGCUCCCAGAGUUUGCCUGUGGAUGGGGGCAGAGCUGCAGGAAGAGAGCAGGUCUCCUGGCCCUUCGCCUCCUCCAGCUGGAAAAGAGUCAGCAGCAGUGAGUCAGACUAUUCCGACUCGGAAGGAGGCAUGCAGGGUAAAAUGAGAUCAUACCAAGCCAAGGUUCGCCAAGGGGCAUUAGCUUGCUUUCUUUCUACUGUCAAAUCGAUAGAAAAAAGAGUUCUCUAUGGCUACUGGUCGGCCUUUGUUCCUGACACACCCGAGCUUGGAAGCCCCCAGUCUCUGUCCUUAAUGACGCUCACAUUAAAGGACCCAUCUCCAAAGACACGUGCCUGUGCCUUGCAAGUUUUGUCUGCCAUCUUGGAAGGCUCAAAGCAGUUUCUUUCUGUCGCUGAAGACACCACUGAUCACAAAAUGGCUUUCACGCCCUUCUCUGUAACGAUUGCGUCCAGCAUUAGAGAGCUGCACAGAUGUCUUUUGUUAGCUCUGGUGGCGGAGUCCUCGUCCCAGACCCUCACUCAGAUAAUUAAGUGCCUUGCAAACCUAGUAUCCAACGCCCCCUACAACCGCCUGAAACUCAGCUUGCUGACCAAAGUCUGGAACCACAUAAAGCCUUACAUCCGCCACAAAGAUGUUAACGUUCGAGUGUCGAGUCUCACGCUCUUGGGAGCUAUAGUGUCCACUCACGCGCCUUUGCCGGAAGUCCAGCUGCUCCUGCAGCAGCCCUGCUCCUCUGCGCUCAGCAGCAGCAACGCAGCAACUCCUCACCUCAGCACUCCUGACUGCUGGAAGAAAGCCCCCGCAGGACCCUCUCUGGAGGAAGCGUCGUCGGUCAGCUCGCCCAGGGCAUCUUCGGAGCCCUGCUGGCUCAUCCGACUCUGCAUCUCCACCGUGGUGCUGCCCAGGGAGGAUUCCUGCUCGGGUAGCGACGCCGGCUCUGCCCCGGGCAGCACCUACGAACCAUCCCCCAUGCGCCUGGAGGCUCUGCAGGUUUUGGCUCACCUGGCAAGGGGCUAUUUUUCAAUGGCUCAGCUGUACCUGAUGGAGCUUGGCGAGGUGAUCUGCAAGUGCAUGGGCGAAGCAAACCCAUCCAUUCAGCUCCAUGGUGUGAAGCUUCUGGAAGAACUGAGUACAGGCUUGAUACAGCAGUACAAGCCAGAUUCCAACGUGGCUCCCGAGCAGAGGGUACCGGUCUACGUGGUGGUGAAGUUCUGGACUGCGAUGUUGAAUGGUCCUUUGCCCCGAGCCUUGCAGAAUUCAGAGCACCCAACUCUCCAGGCGAGCGCCUGUGACGCCCUCUCCUCCAUCUUGCCAGAGGCCUUCAGCAGUCUGCCGAAUGACAAGCAGAUUUUGUGCAUUACAAUGUUGCUCGGCCUGAACGACAGCAAGAACCAUUUAGUGAAAGCUGCGACCUCCAGGGCCCUUGGCGUCUAUGUGCUCUUCCCCUGUCUCAGGCAGGAUGUCAUAUUUGUUGCAGACACAGCGAAUGCUGUGUUGAUGUCACUUCGAGAUAAGUCACUAAACGUGCGGGCCAAAGCAGCCUGGUCCCUGGGCAACCUGACAGACACUCUAAUCAUCAACAUGGACUCGCCAGACCCCAGUUUUCAGGAUGAGUUCUCUGGGCUCCUGCUCUUGAAAAUGUUGCAGUCUGCGAUACAAGCCUCCACGGACAAAGACAAGGUCAAAAGCAAUGCAGUCCGGGCCCUUGGGAAUUUGCUUCAUUUUCUACAGCCCUCUCACAUAGAGAGACCCGGGUUUGCUGAGAUCAUCGAGGAGUCUAUCCAGACUCUGAUUUCUACUGUUGUAAAUGAGGCCGCCAUGAAAGUCCGGUGGAAUGCUUGCUACGCGAUGGGGAAUGUUUUUAAAAACCCUGCCCUUCCACUCGGGUCAGCCCCAUGGACCUCCCAGGCCUACAAGGCCCUGACAUCGGUUGUGAUGUCUUGCAAGAACUUCAAAGUGCGCAUCAGAUCUGCCGCAGCCCUUUCCAUUCCAAGCCAGAGAGCACAGUACGGGUCUCUAGAACAGUUCGCUCAGAUCUGGAAUGCACUGGUCACUGCCUUGCAGAAGAGUGAGGACACCACAGACUUCCUGGAGUUCAAGUACUGUGCCAGCCUACGGACCCACAUCUGCCAGGCACUGGUUCACCUCUUGAGCCUCGCCAGUGCCUCUGACCUCCCCUGCAUUCUGGAAACUCUUGAGCUGAAUGGGGAGAUGAUCCGGUCCUACAUCCUACAGUUCCUAAAAUCAGGAACAGGGGGAGACGAUCCCGGAGCAGUCCACACCCCACAGGAAAGAGACCAGAUGGUCAGAGUGGCCCUGAAGUACAUACGCAGAGUGCAGACUCUGCCUGGAGACACAGCCAAGGGGGCCAUCGUGGCCUUCUUAGAGGACAUCCUGGCUGUUCACUGUGACUCCUCAGGACAAGUGGCACUCCAGAUCAGUGACCUUCACGUGUAAUAAAUGGGAGUCAGAGACCAAG